GGCGCUCGAGGCCGCCGGCCGCUGUUUCCCCCGCGUCGCGCCGCCGCGAGUGGAGUAAGAUGUCCACGCGGACGCCGCUGCCCACGGUCAACGAGCGCGACGCCGAGAACCACACGUCACACGGCGAUGGGCGGCAAGAAGUGACCUCUCGCACUGGGCGCUCUGGAGCUCGGGGUAGAAAUUCUAUAGCUUCCUGCGCAGAUGAACAGCCUCACAUUGGGAACUACAGACUGCUGAAAACAAUCGGCAAGGGGAACUUUGCGAAGGUGAAACUGGCAAGACACAUCCUGACAGGCAGAGAGGUCGCAAUAAAAAUAAUUGACAAAACUCAGUUGAAUCCAACAAGUCUACAAAAGCUCUUCAGAGAAGUAAGAAUAAUGAAGAUUUUAAACCAUCCAAACAUAGUGAAGUUAUUUGAAGUAAUUGAAACUGACAAAACACUCUACCUAAUCAUGGAGUACGCGAGCGGAGGUGAAGUGUUUGACUAUUUGGUUGCACAUGGAAGAAUGAAGGAAAAAGAAGCAAGAGCUAAAUUUAGACAGAUAGUCUCCGCGGUUCAAUACUGCCAUCAGAAGCGGAUCGUCCACAGAGACCUCAAGGCUGAAAAUCUAUUGUUAGAUGCUGAUAUGAACAUUAAAAUAGCUGACUUUGGUUUUAGCAAUGAAUUUACUGUUGGCAGUAAACUGGACACGUUUUGUGGCAGUCCUCCCUAUGCAGCCCCCGAGCUCUUCCAGGGCAAGAAGUAUGAUGGGCCAGAAGUGGACGUGUGGAGCCUCGGGGUCAUUCUGUACACCCUGGUCAGCGGCUCUCUCCCCUUCGAUGGUCAGAACUUAAAGGAACUGAGAGAGAGAGUGUUAAGAGGGAAAUACAGGAUCCCUUUCUACAUGUCCACAGACUGUGAAAACCUUCUCAAACGUUUCCUGGUGCUAAAUCCAAUAAAACGAGGCACACUCGAGCAAAUCAUGAAGGACAGGUGGAUCAACGCAGGGCAUGAGGAAGAUGAACUUAAACCGUUCGUUGAACCAGAACUAGACAUCUCAGACCAGAAAAGAAUAGAUAUUAUGGUGGGAAUGGGAUAUUCACAAGAAGAAAUUCAAGAAUCUCUUAGUAAAAUGAAAUAUGAUGAGAUCACAGCUACGUACUUGUUGUUGGGGAGAAAAUCAUCAGAGCUGGAUGCUAGUGAUUCCAGUUCUAGCAGCAAUCUCUCACUUGCUAAGGUUAGGCCAAGCAGUGACCUCAACAACAGCACUGGCCAGUCUCCUCAUCACAAAGUACAGAGAAGUGUUUCUUCGAGCCAGAAGCAGAGGCGGUACAGUGACCAUGCUGGACCAGCUCUUCCUUCAGCAGUGGUGUAUCCGAAGCGGAGCCAGACCAGCACUGCAGACGGCGACCUCAGAGAAGAUGGCGCUCCCUCCCGGAAGCCCGGCAGUGCUGCGGGGGCGAAGGGUGCGGCCCCUGCCAGCCCCCUGCUCGGGAACGCAGGCAACCCCAACAAGGCGGACAUUCCUGAGCGCAAGAAGAGCUCCGCUGUCCCUGGCACCAACAGUGCAUCUGGCGGAAUGACACGACGGAACACUUACGUUUGCAGUGAAAGAACCACCGCUGACAGGCACUCAGUGAUUCAAAAUGGCAAAGAGAACAGCACUGCUCCUGACCAGAGAACCCCCGUGGCUUCCACGCACAGUAUUAGCAGCGCCGCCACCCCGGACCGCAUCCGCUUCCCUCGAGGCACCGCCAGCCGCAGCACCUUCCACGGCCAGCCCCGGGAGCGGCGCACCGCCACCUACAACGGCCCACCCGCCUCGCCCAGCCUGUCCCACGAGGCCACGCCGCUGUCCCAAGCGCGAAGCCGAGGCUCCACUAACCUUUUUAGUAAAUUAACUUCAAAACUCACAAGGAGACGAUCUGCUCUGCUUGUUGUUAGACCAUCAAAUCACAGAUCGGGAGGUCUUCUACUGUCUAUUGGCGUCAACCAGAGGCCAGAGGAGUCAGAAAAUUCCACUCUACCUUUUUAUUCUCUUAGCCCCUGUGCUGGGUUCCCCAUCCCAGACCAGGCACGAGAGCAGAAUGGUCUCAAGUGCCUUGCUAGGUUUGAGGCACCCCAGUCAUGACCAGUGAGAGAGAAGGCCUAAGGAUGUCUGGUGGCUGUCAGAAGGAUUUUUCCCUUCCUUGCAGGGUCAUCCCAUGACCCAUGCCAGGCCUCCUGGCCUCCAACCCAGAACUAGGCUCAGCUGGCUGGGACCUGCCUCUGGCAUUUGAGUGGUAGGAAAUGGAGCCAGAUACACCUGGCCCUCGUGGCUCUCACGACCCUGCUUCAGAUCAGCAGAGGCGUUUGCCCUCUGAGCCCCCGCACAGAAGCACAUGUGAACAGCCAGGCUGUCUCAGCGCUAGUAGUUUAAGGACAGUGAGCUCUGGUUCCUCACAUGUGAUCCUGUACCAGGCUCUUUAAUAAAAAAAAAUUGCACAUCAUUAAAUCCUUGAAUGAUUUGUUACCUUUGUGUUAUUUUCGCUUGGUCAUUUAACACUGUUGGCUCAGCUGCCGUUCAUCGGGCCCCUACUCUGCUGAGACGGGUGUCGAGAUCAUAGCAACGUGUGGAUUUACACACACAUUCUCUCCACACUCAUUUAAUCUCUGCCCUAUGGAGUAGACACUAUCCCAGUUUUAUAGGCGAAACUUGGCAAUGAUACUACAGCAAAACACGCUGAACCCGGCUGCCUCUGCAUUGCAGGGAGCACAGGAACCGCCUCUUCAUAGGCAGGAGUCCUUCCCGCUAGUUUUCAAGUUAAGUUUAUUUCCUUUCAUGUAUUGAAAUUGAAAUUGGAGGUCUUGAAGGGUCAUCUUAUUUGUAAUUUCUAUCCCCAAACAUUUGUAGAAGGAUAAAAUCUGCAAACUGAGCUCUGUAGUCUACGAAUGUUUAGGGUAACCGUUUUCUGAAAAGCAACUAUUCUGCCCAAGCUUAGCUUCAUGUGCUCCCCUGACCAGUCGCUGGGGUCACAGACCUAGUGCCUGGAGGGCUCAGGUGCCCUCGCUGAGACGGGUGGGAGAAGGGGUGCCUCGCUGCCUCACCAACAUGUCCCUUAGCUCUGGAGAAGGUGCCUUUUGGGGCCUUUGCUGGUAGGGGAGAUGAGGCAUUCCCCUCCUGAGGCCUGGCCUGACUCUCGGGCGCUCCGAGCCGCCUGACCAUCACAGGCACAGCUGCCCAGCCACAGGUACAGGUGCUCUGCGCCCCUCCAGUUUGUCCACCAGCUCCAGGCAGAGCGCAAGGCAACAAGGCCUCAGCCCUGCAAUGACCCGCUCUCCAGGCCCCGGAGCUCCGGGGGACAUUCAAGUGUACCGUAGUUGGCCGGCCACCCUGGCUCUUCGUGGGUGGACACUGGGAGGUGGAGCUAGACUUUAAAGACAUUUUAAUUAAUUUUCAACUAAAAUAAUCUUUGGACUAAUACUGCCAGAGAUCUGUGUAGUAUGUAAUUAUUUUCAAAAGGUUUCCACUUGUGUGAUCUCUGUUGUGUGUGGCUCUGCUGUUGACCUGAUGAUAAGGGGUUGGCAGGUUCUGGAUGGGCCCGUAUCUGAAGCAGUGCCAAAGUGGUGCCAGAUUAGAAAAAACCCAAGGGAGCCAGUCACUCAGCAGACCCCACGAGUGCCUCGGCUGGCCCCAGUCCCCAUGCGCCCAGGAGUGGUGACCCAUGUGGCCACUGCAUCGCAGCUGGACAGUCCUCCCAGAUUCUGUUCCCUGCAGCCCGACCGAGCACCUCCUCCAUUUCAGUAGAACGCUUCCAUUCAUUACAUAAAACACAAAAAUAAACCCCCCACUGUUAGCUUGGCAUUUAAUUUUCAUUUAUUGUGAGAUCUAAAACUCUGAGAAGCCUACUGCAUUUUAACCCUGAUAACUUUUUUCUUAAAAUGUAAAUUAUAUCAUACAUUACAUUAUUAACUGAAACACAUCCUGUUCAUGUUUAAAUCAUCUUUCUGAAAUGAAAGAUUCUCUUAAUGGCUAAGUAUAAUGAAAUUUUUAACGUUUAUAAAAGGUGACUUUUUGUUCGUAAGUAUUCUACAGGAAAUUUGAAAAGUAGUAUUUUAUUACUAGUACAUUGCAAGUGACUUCUUUAUACAAGAUGUUAAAUUUUAUUUUAAAUUCAGUUAAGUCAAUAUUUUCUGCUUUUUUACAAUUCUUUAUAUUUCUAAUUAAAAUACUAAUUUCUACUUAAAAGAUCAAAUACCCAAUUAUCUGUAAUAACUUUUUCAUUUUUAUAUCACUUUCAUUGUUCCUUGGACAAAAGAGAAGCAGUGUUUUUUGCCCUCUAUAAUUGACUAAUUUUCUACUUGAUUUGUGUGAGUCAUUUUUGUUAAUUUUUUUUUUUUUGGC